AUGCCAGGCGUCUUUUCCCAUUUUGCUACGAGAAAAGCACACUUUCUUCUAAUCUAUCUAUCUAUCUAUCUAUCUAUCUAUCUCAGUCUGCCCAUAACUCUCAGAGUUUGGGCUGCUAUACUCUCUGGCGAGGUAGUUGGACUCAUAUCUAUCUAUCUAUCUAUCUUAGACUGUGCAUUAUCUAUCUAUCUAUCUAUCUAUCUAUCUAUCUAUCUAUCUAUCUAUCUUAGCCUAUUGUUCAUUAUCUAUCUAUCUAUCUAUCUUAGCCUGCCCAUUAUCUAUCUAUCUAUCUAUCUAUCUAUCUAUCUAUCUAUCUAUCUAUCUAAGACUGUUCAUUAUCUAUCUAUCUAUCUAUCUAUCUAUCUAUCUAUCUUAGCCUCCUGUGCAUUAUUAUCUAUCUAUCUAUCUAUCUAUCUAUCUAUCUAUCUAUCUAUCUAUCUUAGCCUGUGCACUAUCUUAGCCUGUCCAUUAUCUAUCUAUCUAUCUAUCUAUCUAUCUAUCUAUCUAUCUAUCUAUCUAUCUAUCUAUAUGUCAGUUUGGUUAGAGACAAGAGCUUUCUCUCUUUCUCUCACUCGUCUUUCUUUCUUUCUUUCUUUCUUUCUUUCUCUCUUUCUUUCUUUCUUAUCUAUCUAUCUAUCUAACACUGUUCAUUAUCUAUCUAUCUAUCUGUCACAAGACAUGGAAAUAUUUAUUUAUUUUAUUACGGUCUUCUCUGAUUUUUCCUUUUGUCUUCUGAUUUUCUUUCUUUGCUUAUUCCAAUCCAUUUCAGGAAUUUUCCUUCGCUAUAUCCUUGUGCAUCUUUCGUUUUCUUUCUUUCCACCUUCUCACACAUCAGUUCCAAUUCGCGACACAAUCACCCUCACUGCCUCCAGUAUAUUCUUAACUCCAUCCAUUUCGAAUUGA